AUGGCUGUUCUGCUCUUGAUCUUUAUGGCAAUUCCUGUUGACACAUAUAAUGAAGUAGAAUCCCAAAUGGUUGUUGGUAGCGGAAGGGAUAGCAAUCGAGUUAAUUCUCAAUGUGCUCAAUCUAGUCUACAACUCACCUGCGAUCUUUCCCAUCUUUCUGCCCAGGGCGUGGGCACCGCUCCCGGUGAAAAUAUCACUCAAGAUGCCCUGCAAACUCACGUUGUUAUCCCAGGUACGAUCGAGGAUGCUAUUCGUAUUUGGGCUAAGGUGCGGGCCAAAGUUGAAAGGUUUUACGCGGAGAUAAGACCUGAGGUUGAUCUGCAUGAAUCCAGUCGACCGACAGAGCAUGUAUUCAUCUUCUUUCCCUUACUCGCCAAAGAACUACAACUCCAAAUCUGGAAAGAAGCUGCAAUUCCAAAGAGCACCAAUCUCGACAUUAUCACCGAAGUAUUAUACCGUCCUGGUACAAAAGCACAACCAAAUCCUCGAUUCAUUCCAAACAAGCAAUAUUCCCCCAUGUUCCACACCUGUCGAGACUCACGUGAACUGUUGCUCAAAGAAUUUUACACUCAUACUAUUCAGUACGAAAACGAGGGUCUCCGAGUUCCGUAUGCACCAGUCUACUCUCACUGCGACGAUAUUAUCUAUCUCCAAAUAGACAGUAGCGAAUAUUACACCACAUUGGUGUGGGAACUCCAAAAUCCGCAGUCCACUAUCUUCAACGCCGUUAACAAGGUGUGA